AUGAAUGGUCGCCAACAUUCUAAUGGUGAAGAACGUCGUGGUACACAUUCUCAGCAGCGGCCUUCAUUUUCAUCUGUGAGGACAGGCUCAACGUCGACCACAUUGACAUCCGACCUUAUCGUUGAGCAAAAUAAUACAGAACCAUAUGCUGGUGCGACUUUCGAAACGGUGCCAAGUUCGAUCGUAUCGUUUCAUCAUCCGCACUCUUUCCAAUCCAGCAGUAUAGCAAGAGGAUCAGUUGCUUCAAAUUCCGGUGCAGAUGAGAGGGGCCGCCGGCUUACUGAAGAAGAUUCCCUAAUAUAUUCACCCAGUCAAAGAUCCAGAAGUUCUUCUCACAAUCCCCACUUCAGAUUUUUUACAGAGGAACAAAUAAGUUCUGCUGAGGGUGCAUCUACCCUGGAACGUGCCGAUUAUGAUACCAUUUGGGAUUCUGUACCCGUAUAUGAACAACAAGCCCAUCACGAUUCGCGGCUCGGCUCUCAAAGGUCCUCAAUUCAUAGCCGGUCCUCUAGGUCUUCCAAUUUAAAUGGCAAUCUUUAUGGGUCUGCAUCGCAAGAAAGAGGAAGAUCAUUGUCACGAGGCUCACGAAAUGGAUCAGACCACGAAGUAGAAGAAUAUUCGUCAUCUUUGCAUUCCUCUAGCUCCCUCCAGUAUAGCAUUCGAGAUAGAAUUCCUGCGGAGCUAGAAGAAAAUGGAACAGAAAGUUUAGAUGAUAGGUCCUCUGUUAAUUCGGGUGAGUCUUCGAGAAGUAUAGGUGAUACAAGCGAUCACCUUGAUAAUGGCCAAGGUCAGGAAGAUUCACAUACAAAUCACAAGAACUCGUCUACACAUGCAGAGUAUCUGAAGUCAUCAUAUCACGAAAAAUUCUACUCCGAUUACAUCCCGCACCAAUAUUAUCAGAGAUUCUAUAUUGCAGAGGAAGAUUUAGUCAUUGGGAUUGGUGGCUAUAGGACGUCAAGAAUCAGAGCUUUUCUUUAUAAUACGUUAUGCAUUACUACUCUCGGUCUCUUUUACUUACUAAUGAGAUGGAUGCCUUAUUAUAAAAUGAAACUCUGUGGGAUUAGAGUUCCUUUAGCAAAAGCCGAAAAAGUCGUUAUUGAGAGCGAAUUUGGGGAAUAUUGUUGUAUUGAUGUAAAGAGGUGCUGGUACAACAGACCCAUGAGUACCCUGCUACCAAUAACCCCAAGUCGGAUGGCAGAGAGAUGCAACAGAGACAUGCCGAAUAAUCUGCACAGGACAGAUGAUGAGAAUCCAAGUAUUCCAAUUUUAAUUUCAUUUGAAUAUCGCUAUAUUACCUUCAUUUAUUCUCCCGUGGAGGAUAUUUUCAAGACAAACAAUAACUGGGUGGAUCCUGAUUGGGUACACCUCGGUUCGGUGACUCGUGGGUUGAGCAGAAAUGUCUGGGAAGACAGAGUUAUAGCAUUUGGGAAAAACCAUAUAAACUUGAAUGUUAAAACUGUAUCUCAAAUCUUAUUUGAUGAAGUUCUACAUCCAUUCUAUGUUUUUCAAAUUUUUUCUAUUAUCCUGUGGUCCCUGGAUGAAUACUACUAUUAUGCAGCAUGCAUCUUCCUGAUUUCGCUGUUAUCAGUUAUUGAUUCACUAUUAGAAACUAAGAAGACAUCAAGGCGCUUGGCAGCAAUUUCAUAUUUCAAUUGCGAGGUCCGUGUUUUCAGAAAAGAAUUCUGGACUCACGUUAGUUCCACCGAACUAGUUCCUGGUGAUAUUUAUGAAGUUUCCGAUCCAGCAUUAACCAUAUUUCCAUGCGAUUCAAUUUUACUUUCAGGGGAUUGCAUCGUUAAUGAGUCAAUGCUGACGGGAGAAUCUGUCCCUGUGUCCAAAGUUCCAGCAAACCAGAGGAGUAUGCAUCAAUUAAUUGAAGACUUUCAAAAUACCCAAAUUUCAAGCUAUGUUUCGAAAUCUUUUCUAUUCAGUGGUACCAAAAUGAUAAGAACUCGUAUACCACAUGGUCAAACAGCGGCACUGGCAAUGGCCGUUCGCACAGGAUUUUCAACAACAAAGGGUUCAUUGGUGCGGUCUAUGGCUUUCCCUAAGCCCGCCAGUUUCAAAUUUUAUGAGGACUCGUUUAGAUAUAUUGGCUUUAUGGGACUUAUUGCUUUGUUAGGGUUUUCUGUAAGUUGCUUUAGAUUUAUUCAACUUGGAUUGGAUAAAAAAACAAUGAUUUUGAGAGCGUUAGAUAUUAUCACAAUCGUGGUCCCACCAGCUUUACCAGCUACCCUUACUAUUGGCACAAGUUUUGCUCUAGCACGCCUGAAGAAAAAAGGCAUUUUCUGCAUAUCCCCAACCAGAGUGAAUGUAUGUGGUAAAAUUGACGUUAUGUGCUUUGAUAAGACAGGAACUUUAACGGAAGACGAUUUGGACAUUUAUGGUGUACACUUAUCUGAACCUGUCUCAUACAAUAAAUUUAAGUUCAGCAAACUUCAUUCUGACAUAAAAAGUGUAUUUCCGAAGUUUUCUUUGAAUGACUGUAAUUCUCCCUUAGAUUUCAGGUCCAAAAACUUUCUUAUCUCAAUGUUAACUUGCCACUCCCUUAGAUUAGUGGACGAUGAGUUAUUGGGUGAUCCGUUGGACUUUAAGAUGUUUCAAUUUACUGGUUGGUCAUAUGAUGAGGACUUUCAGAGACAUGCCUUCCAUUCAAUGUAUGAUCAAAGACAUGAAGGUGACAUCUUUCCCGAAAAUUUUGGUAUAAUGCCUGCUGUAGUACACCCCAAUGGAAAUGAUUCUAACAAUCGCUUUACCGACAACGAUCCACAUAACUUACUUGGAAUUGUGCGGAGCUUUGAGUUUUUAUCUGAACUGAGGCGUAUGAGUGUUAUUGUGAAGCCAAGUAGCAAUGAUGUAUAUUGGGCAUUUAGCAAAGGUGCCCCCGAAGUAAUUGCAAGCAUUUGUGCUCAAGCAACACUACCCCAGGAUUAUGAUGAAAUACUGCGCCACUAUACGCAUACUGGCUACAGAGUAAUUGCUUGUGCUGGAAAAACACUUCCAAAACGAACAUGGCUUUAUUCUCAGAAAGUGAGUAGAGAAGAAAUUGAAUCGAACAUGGAAUUUUUAGGGUUCAUCAUUUUCGAGAACAAAUUGAAGGAAGCCUCUAAAUCCACUUUAGCGACCUUAAGGGAAGCAAAUAUAAGAACUAUCAUGUGCACUGGUGAUAAUGUUCUGACUGCUAUAUCUGUGGGUAGAGAAUCAAAGCUAAUUCAGUUCGAUAGGGUUUAUGUACCAUAUAUUGACGAUGGUCCACGUCUGCACGAGUCUGUGAUAUUUUGGCGAGAUGUUGACAACUGCGAAAAUAUAUUAGAUUGCCGAACUUUAAAACCAUCUGAUUCAAUUGAAGACUACACAUUAGCGGUAACAGGAGAUGUAUUUAGAUUACUAUUCAGGGAAGAAAGUGCCAUACCAGAUACUUAUAAGGAUGAAGUCCUACUUAAAGCUUCGAUAUAUGCUAGAAUGUCACCCGACGAAAAGCAUGAACUAAUGGAACAAUUACAAAAGUUAGAUUACGUCGUUGGUUUUUGUGGGGACGGUGCAAACGAUUGUGGUGCUUUGAAAGCUGCAAAUGUUGGAAUAUCAUUAUCUGAGGCAGAAGCUUCUGUUGCGGCCCCAUUCACGUCACAGGUGUUUGAUAUCAGUUGCGUAUUGGAUAUUAUAAAAGAAGGUCGUGCCUCCCUGGUGACUUCCUUCGCAUGCUUCCAGUAUAUGAGUCUUUAUUCCGCAAUUCAAUUUAUAACCGUUACAAUACUUUACUGUCGCGGCUCUAAUUUAGGAGAUUUCCAAUUUUUGUACAUUGAUCUUUUGCUAAUCGUUCCUAUUGCAAUAUGCAUGUCCUGGAGUAAACCAUAUUAUAAGCUCUCUAAAAAGAGACCUUCUGCUAAUUUAGUCUCUCCCAAGAUUUUAGUACCGUUGGUUGUUAGUAUUCUGGUUUGUCUCGUGUUUCAACUAGUACCCUGGUUACUUGUGCAGGGAAAACCUUGGUACAUCAAACCUGUCAUUGGUGGCGAUGAUGUAGUUCAAUCAUCUGAAAACACAGUAUUAUUCUUCGUUUCCAACUUCCAAUAUAUUUUAACCGCCGUUGUUUUAUCGAUCGGACCUCCUUACAGACAACCUAUGCAUAAAAAUAAAGAAUUUGUCAUUGAUAUUAUAUUUUCAAUAUUACUGAGCUCAUUAUUGAUGUUUAUCAAUCCAAGAUCAUUUUGCGGGAAAUUGUUGCAGCUUACUAAAACAUCGAAGGCCUUCAAAAUCUUCAUUAUUUGUUGGGCUUGUAUCAACUAUUAUUGUCAGUUGUACAUACCAAACUAUAUGAAGCAGUACUUCAAGAAAAGGAAUAGUAGUAAAAAAUACAAAAAUAUUUUGAGACAGCAGGAUUUAUCGACUGUGUAA